ACUACCGCUUCAUUCAGAGGACGGAGGAUAUCAAGUAACAGUAACAGUUGUUCAGUUUUCCAGUUUAGUAGUUCAUUUGCUACAAUGACGGAACAGAGAGACACUGGUGAAAGUAAAGUUGGAAAAUGUCUGUUGCAUAACUGGACAGAAGAGAGGGCUGUUGCGGCUCUCGACAACGAGGAGACAAAGACACAAAUCCAGAGACAUGGGCACAGAGGGAUUCUCACAAUGGAUCAGGAGUCUAAAAUGGAGACUGUCACCACACUGAAAGCAGCUUAUGUCCUUCCAAAGGGUCCAGGGGUGAGGCUUAAGGGCAUCAGAGGCGAGCUUUUGGAAAAACAUAUCGCCCAGAUGAUAAGUGACAAGGUUCACGCUCAACUGAACCCACUGACGCCCAAAACUGACUUCUGCUCCACCACCCACAGGGAUUUCUGUGUUGAGGGAUUUGUGCCUCUUACCCCUGGCACAACACAGGCUCAUGAUUAUAAAACUGACCAGGCGGUUACAUUUUGGAGUGAAAACUACCAGCUGGUGCAGGGUGUGACGCCCGUACAGACCCUGAAAGCACCUUUCAGGAAGUCUGCGCUGUUCAGCACACCUAUCAGUGAGCGGCUGGAUGAAAUUGAGCCCCCACUCGACGACUGACAUAGUACGUCAGAGCAUCACGUUACAACACUUCAUUACCAGUUUAUAAUAAAGUGGUAAUCCACUUUAAAGGUUAUUGUUAUCCUCAAUGAUGGUGACACAUCUGAAGAUUAGCUGCCAUUGUCACAUGAUGUUCUGUAGUGGAGAACAGCAAAGUCAUUGGAAAGGCAUCAUUUAUGUAUAAAUGUUUAUUAAAAAUGGGACGACUGUUUAGCGAGAAAGUUACAUGCCUGGAAAAACACAUAAAUCAAUAGGUCAAACCACAGCCAGCAGAUUACUGACAUAUGGACUUUAAACCUGCAAAACAAGCGAGCUCUUACCUCAAUCAAACGCACCAACAGGUUUCUGUUGAACUGAUUUGCUGAGAAACUUUUGCCUUCCAAAGAAUCACCAUGUGUUGUGUUUGUAAGCACUGUGUGUAAUUCUGGUCAACAUUCACCCAAAGCACAGUGACACAGUACAGAUUGCAUCUAGUAAACCAUGACUAAAAGGUUGCAGAGAUGUAGCUGCACUGCUCCUCCUUCUCUCUUCUAGUCUUGUUGCUGUGUUUUUUUUUUUAAUGUUCAAUGUUUAAUGUCCUGUUUGCCUUCCUCUGUCGUCUUCAUCUCCUUUUUCUUCUCAUCAUUAUGUUGCUGAAGUUUAAAUCUCUGUAGGUGUUAUAUGUGCUUUUUCUGUUCCGCCAAACUUACAGUUUGCUGCUGCUACUUGUGGAUCUAUUAACCACAUCAUAUCCAGUACAUAUAUACACAUAAACAUAAUAAUGUACCAUAAAUGCUUUUAACAUUUAGAAACAGAUUGGAUUAGUAGAGUAGAAAGACUGGAAUUAUUUGUAUACAACAUUGCUGAACUAGAAAUGUAGUAUUUAUUGUUUCUUUCUUGAUAAGAAAAAGUUUUUACGUACACUUUAUACACAGUCUCUGAUAAGAACCUGUCACUAUUAGUGUCUCAACAUCAGCAGACAGAUGCAGCAGCUGUUCUUAAGCUCAAACGUAUUCAUGCAUCACUAGUUUAAAACAGGUCGCGUCAUGCAACCUAUGUUUACACAUACUGACUUCUAGGUGUAACUGUUGUGCAGCUGACUGGACCAACCUACACAAACAGAUCCCAUGACCAGCUUAGAGUGAGUGAAAGAAGGACAGCAGUGAUAACCUUAAUGAAAUGCGCAGCAAUAAUUAAAUGUUAUAGCAUGACUGGAAUCUCAUAGAAACUGGUAAUAUUUGCAUUUAAGAACUACGAACUUAGAUUUCUCAGAAUACCACAACAUGGCCCAUAAGUAGUGUAACUUCUCCCAUUACUUUAAACUGCAUUGAUUCUAAAAGACAGCCACCUUUACAACAGACUGGCCCUGCAACAGAGGUUUAGUAGAUAUUCCUAAAAUGUUCCUUAAAGUGAUAGUUUUGGUUAUUUGACAUGGAGGCUGUAUGAGGUAUCAAUCCAUAGUCAGUGUAUUACCUGCAGUAGAUUCAGGUCUGUGCCCGCUCAGUUUGAAGAAGCAGGCAGGAGCACUGGUGUAGAAGCUGAGUGGUGUACUACUGGUGACGGGGACUUAAAAUUGCCCACCUAAAAACCCAAUAUAAGUGCACACUUCACUUUGAAUAUUUUCACUGCUUUAUCUUGCCGUCAAACAGAAAUACGUUUUCUGCUGAGCUGAGCUUCCAUAUUCCUACGCAUAAGUACACUUGCUCUGCUCACCGUAUUACUAUGCAGAUCAGCUGUUUUAGUUGUAAAGGGCAGAUUGAUGGCAAGAUAAAGCAGUGGAAAUAUUCAAAAUAUAGUGUACACUUCUACUAAUAGUUUUUUUAGGUGGUAAAAAAAUAAUUUUGUUUCUGCUGUACCUGUCCACAGCAGCACAUCACUCAGCUUCUGUGCUCUCCUGCCUGCUUCUCCAAACUGGGAGGGUGCAGACCUCUACUACUGGAGAUAAUACACUGACUAUUGAAUAGAUAAGUACCUUACACAACCCUAUGUCAGAAAACUCGAAAUUUCACUUUAAGCUUUAAUGGUGCAACCUGACUAACGGAAUGAGCAGUCUGAACCGUCAUCUCGUGUUGAAAGUUUGAUUUUGUGACAGCAAAUGUACUCUGGGUAGCUGCACUAUUGUUGCCUGUGCCUGCUUUGUUUACAGGCUCCAUUCAUCUUUUUUUUUUUAACCAUUUCACUGUUGCCUUUUGCAACCUCUAAUUAUUGCAAUCAAACAAUGCAACAAAAAGGCACACUUACCUCCUACGCCAGGCAAAUACCUCUCUAUUGUCCUUGAACAAAAUAACAAGAAAAGCUAUCGGGACUCAGAGAAUUGCACAGAGAGUGCGUCUCCACCUUUACAAAGACGUGUUUUCACAGGCCCACAGUAUGCAGAUGUGAAACACAAUACAUUGUUGAGAAUCACACAGUGUAUGCUACAGAUUCACAUAUAUGUUCUGUCAAUCAGAGGACAAUUCCAGGCGCCGCUGAUCCUCUCUGAGCUUUCAGCAGGGAUUAGUAGGCGGUAGCUAUGGCGACAAGUAAUUUUAGCAUAUAUUUAUGCAGCUUUUCUCUCCAAACAUUUCAUUAUCUCAUGGGAUGAUACAGGAAAACCAAUUUGCCUCUGAAAUACAGGGCUUUUGAGCAAAUUUGUACUUAACAUUUCAAGUGAAAUGCAAUACAGCAAUUUUCAUUUUA